UCAUGAACAUGCUUGAUGGCCGACAGCCGUAAACUGCCUCGGCCUGCCUGUUGGCUCCGCACGGUUGGCGUCCAUACCCACCAGCGAGAAUGUGGACAGGAUGGGUACCUGUUUGCACAUGUCCCCCGCCUGCAGCCGUCGCCUUCCCGCCUCCCCAUCCUGGUACACCUUGAAGUUCCGGCUGUCAUGCGGUGGCACCGGCAUAAACUUCCUCAGUUUGCCUGUGCGCUCGAUGUCGUUGACGUCGAUACUCAGGUGUGAUAAGGUGGAAAGGAUGGUGAAGUGGAGCUGCAGACGCAGGUGAGGAAGCUCGAACACCUCGCGCAGCAUGCCCAGGAUUGUCUUGACAUCAUCAUCAUUAAAGCUGACCUCCCGCACGUGCUUCAGCGUGGCGCACACCAUGGGCAGCACCGUGGUCAGCCGGCCAGUCCUGCACCCCAACUCCAGCAUCGCGGGCAGCGAUAUCGAGAAGAAAGGGGCGGCCGCCUUGUUGUUGUUGGUCUGGUCGAGCUUGACCAGCAAGCAACCCAGAAGGCCGCCCAGGUUCGCGACGGUCUUCCGAUAAGGACCGUCUUGGGCUGCAGGGUUGCUGGUGGCGUACAUGAGGAGGUGCUCGAUGGCGAACAACACGAGCCGAAUUGUUGAGCGAAUCACGAAGGGGAUGGGCUGCGCAGCGUCGACUCCUGACAGGAAUGCGCCAGUGUCUCGCGAUCUUCUGGUCCUCUCGAUGACCAUGAACGAAAGAUGAAGACUGUUCUGCUUGGUGAGUCGGUGCCGCCUUGAGCCCCUACAUACAUU